CCUCGUACGCAUGGGCUACGCACACGGCCCCGGGAGGUGGUUCAUUGCCGGCCAGUGCGGCGCCCUGGAGCGGCCGUGGCGGUGCGGGGCCUUCGCCGGGACCCUGGAAGACUUUCGGGCCGGGACGUGUGGCGGCGCACUGGAUGUUGUCCUGGAGAAGACCAUGCAUAAGUGCAUUCUGAAGCUGUUGAAGAGCCAUAUUGAAGCGAUGUUGAGAGAGUUUCAUACUGCAGAUGGUUCUUGGAAACAACUGAAGGAAAACCUUCAGUUGGUGCAGCAGUGGAAUCCUCAGGAACUGGGCGUGUUUGUUCCAACACCAGACUUUGUGGAUGUUGAAAAGAUGAAAGUCAAGUUUGUGACCAUGCAGAAAAUGUAUUCACCUGAAAAGAAAGUCAUGCUGCUGCUGAGAGUUUGCAAAUUGAUUUAUACUGUAAUGGAGAAUAACUCGGGGAGGCUGUAUGGAGCUGAUGACUUCUUGCCUGUGUUGACAUACGUGCUAGUCCAGGGUGAUACGCUGGAGCUGGAUACUGAAACUGAAUACAUGGUGGAAUUGCUGGAUCCAUCUUUGCUGCAUGGAGAAGGAGGCUAUUACUUGGCAAGCACUUACGGAGCACUUGUGCUGAUCAAGAACUUCCAGGAAGACCAGUCUGCCCAGCUGCUGAGUUCAGAAGCUAGAGAUACUCUCUGGCGAUGGCACAAGAGGAGGACAGCUAACAAAACAAUGCCUUCAGUUGAUGAUUUUCAGAACUGCCUUCGUGUUGCAUUCCAGGAAGUUAACAGUGCAUGUACAGGAAAGACCUUACUAGUAAGACCCUAUAUCACUACCGCAGAUGUAUGUCAGCUUUGUGCUGAAAAGUUUAAAGUGGACAAUCCAGAAGAAUAUAGCCUGUUUCUUUUUGUUGAUGACACCCGGCAGCAACUGACAGAAGAUACCUACCCUCAGAAGAUUAAGACAGAGUUGCACGGCCGCCCACAACCCCAAGUCUUUCGCUCUGUCUACAAGCACAUUAACGGUGAUCCAUAUGGUGCCAUUUUUCAAAACAAUGCACUGGGUAAAGUGGAAGGCUCUGUGGCUGGGGAAGAGCGGCUUGGACGUGUUACUGCUCUCCCUGUUGCACCGGAAUUUCAACGGCUGGGUUUGGUUGCUAAAUUGAUGAAACUACUGGGAGAAAUUUCAGAAAAAAAGGGUGGAUUUUUCGUUGAUCUCUUUGUGAGAGUAUCAAAUCGGGUUGCAGUAAAUAUGUAUAAACAGCUUGGCUACCGUGUGUACCGGACAGUAUCGGAGCGCUACUCUGCUAGCAGUGGAGAGGCAGAUGAAGAUGCUUACAAUACGAGGAAAGCUCUUUCCAGAGAUACAGAGAAGAAAUCAAUUAUACCUCUGCCUCAUCCAGUGAGACCAGAAGACACUGAGUAACUGUAAACUGUGAUUCUCAGACAACCUAGUAAGGGUCAGUUUCCUUCUCCCCAAAGCCCACAAGAACUUACAGAUGAGAAGUAUUAGGCUCAAUGCUUUUCCCCAUGAAAUAUCAAAAAGCAAUAUUGAGAAGCUUACCAACGCUGCUUCUGUUGGUAUUGGCUGUAUAUUCGUGCUCUUACCCUAUUGGUCUUCCUUUUGAACCGUGGCACUUUGGAGACUAUUAAAAUGGAAUUGCCUCCUGUA